AUGGCGCUUAUGCUCUCUGCACAGACCGGCGCCGUCCUCCAUGCUCCUCCUCUCCACAGGCACAAGUCCGGCAGGGUCGCGGCCGCCACAUCUCUACCAUUUCCGAAGCCUCUUCUCCCGAGACUAUCACUCUCCCAUCGAAUCGACGCCCAAAAGCCCAGGGUUAGGGUUUUGGCUUCGCUAUCCACCCAAUCCUCGCCAGUCCCCACGCUGCCUUCUCCAUCCGAUUCCCAAUCCGCGCUCACCGGAGCAACUCGGACGGUCACCACAAUCGUAACCCUAGCCUUGUCUCUGACGCGCCUAUUCGUUAGCAAGCUCGCUCUGUCGGUGCCGGGAAUGGCGAUCGGCUCAGGCGCGGCGGCUCGGUCCGCCGGCCCUCUCUUCUUCGCAGCGCUCAAGGACCGGCCCAGCGGAUAUCUCAACACUCCGCUGACUGUGGUGGCGGCGGGUCUGGCGAAGUGGCUCGACAUCUACAGCGGCGUGCUGAUGGUGAGGGUGUUGCUGAGUUGGUUCCCAAACAUUCCGUGGGAGCGGCAGCCAUUGUCAGCUAUAAGGGACCUGUGCGAUCCGUAUCUCAACUUGUUCAGGAAUAUCAUCCCUCCAAUUUUCGAUACCCUGGAUGUGAGCCCACUGCUGGCUUUUGCUGUUCUCGGGACGCUUGGGUCUAUUCUCAACAGCAGCAGGGGAAUGUAUUGA